AUGCGAACUGCAGUGGAUCACCCCAUUGAGGAAUUGCGUGUUCAACGAGUCAAGGACCAGCAGGCCCUGGUGAAGGGUUUGCGUUUGGCCUUUGAAGAGGGUGACGCAGCAGGUUGUGAUCGUGAAGUCAUUGACAACUGUAAACGUGUCUAUUCAGAGCUGCGAAUCUUCACAGCAGUUCGAUCAACUUUGCACAGGUUGGCUUUAGAGCAGGCUGCCCAAAGAAUUGCUGAAGAGGCCGCGCGAAAGGUGGCUGAACGACGCGCCGCCAAGGAAGCUGCCAGGGAAGCCCGAAGACAAGCAGCCUUGGAGAAAGGGGAGGACUUCGAAGAGUCUGAUGAUGAGUCGGAUGAUGGGCAAAGCAAAUUCUACACAGAGGAGGAUGAGAUAGAGGAAGAGGAGGAAGAUCCAAAAGAUGUGGAGGAUGGUUCCGCAGAUACGCUUGGUGUAGCUUUGAUGCGGGCAAGAGAAAUUAGUGGGCGGCAUGAGAUUCGUGACUUCGGGAAGGCCUUUAUGAAGGAGUUGCAUGAGGAGGCCUACCGCCAACUCCUAAUGCGAGAGUUGAUUUUCUCAACUGCACAGAGAUCGGCUGCAGAAUUGCAACACAUUCUGCAGCAAGUUGUCCAAGAAGGUAUUGGCUCCGCGAAAGUUGGUCAAAUGCCUCAAGAUGUUGCUCAUGAAAUUGGAAAGGAAAAGGAGGAGCGACCAGGUGUUCGCCGCUUCCUGCCGGAUGCAAAUGGACAGGAUGUGGUGGCACCAGAGCCCGAAGCAGGCGUCUCAAAGCAAGAACUACACGAUUCAGGUGAACAGGCACCUUCAAAGCAAUCAGAGCAAGAUGCUGCCACUUCAGUUUCGGAGGCAUACACUCGGCUCGCCUUUCUGGAGAUGAUCGAUGCGAUGGAGGCCCGUGACCUUGACCUGCUCUUGAAACUUGUGCCAGCGGCAAAGGCUGCCUCAGUGCAGGAGACAGAGAUCAACUUGGGCUGGCGCCUAGUUUGUGAGCUGGAACUUGGUGAAGCGCUAAAGAAACAAGAUUUGAAGGAGAUUCGAAUGCGCAUUGAAAAAGCAAGAGAAGCAGAGGUAGAGGAAGACACGAUUCGUGAUGGCGCUCGUAAGCUGGCACAAUGGGAGAUCAGAGAAGGAAUCAAAGUCGAUGAUGCAAAGAUGCUGGAGCGAGCAAUUGAAGAGGGUGCAGCUGCUGGAUUGACGGACAAACAACUUUUCAUGGGGAAGCAGGCGUUCUUGAAGCUGCAGGUGGCUGUUGCGGCCACAACAGACAGCAUGGAGACCAUCCACAAAUUGCUUGCAACGGCAAAAGAAAUGGGAUGGCCUUCCGACCACAAGGACCUGGUUGUGGCACAGGCUCGUUUGGCAUUUUUGGAGUUGCGCAGCGACCCCAGAAAGGUUCAAGAUGCCGCCAUGUUGCACUUGGCUAUAUAG